UACUUCAGUGUCAUCAAUUACAACAAGUAUAAAGCUGGAGAGGCAGUGGCUCAGUCCAAAAAUGCGGAGAAUACUUGUUUUAAUUGUGGGACUCAUCCUGUUGUCCCAGCUGCAUGUUGGCAUUACUUUCAAACUGGUUUGCUACUUUGCUAACUGGGCGCAGCACAGACCGGGAGUUGGCAAGUUUAUACCAGAAAACAUUCCUCCGUGCCUGUGCACCCAUCUAAUCUAUGCAUUUGCUACCAUUGGUAGUAAUCACAAGAUUACUACAAAAGAACAGAAUGAUGAAGAACUUUACAAGUCAUUCAACAACCUCAAAAAACAGAGUCCACAAUUGAAGACACUCCUGGGUAUUGGAGGAUGGAAUUUUGGUACACAAAGAUUCACCAGUAUGGUUAGCACCAAGAAGAAUCGUACAAUAUUCAUAAACUCAGCAAUUCAAUUUCUUAAGAAACAUAACUUUGACGGUUUGAAUUUAGACUGGAAGUACCCAGCAGUAAGAGGAAGUCCAGCAGAUGACAAAAAAAGGUACUCUAUUUUGCUUAUGGAAAUGAAAAAGGCUUUUCAGCGUGAAGCAAAAAGAACUAACAAUGUCAAGCUACUCAUUUCAGCAGCUGUAGCAGCCAAAAAUAAAAUUGAUGCUGGCUUUGAGAUUUCAAAAGUUGCUAAAAAUGUUGACUUUAUCAAUUUGGUUUCAUAUGGCUUCCAUGGAGCUUGGGACAGGUUUACAGGACACAGUCCUUUAUAUCGUGGCACUGCUGAUAUGGGUGCUAACGCAAAGUCUAAUGUGAUUUAUGCUGCCAAUUAUUGGAUUCGAAAUGGUUUACCAGCAAAAAAAAUGAUAAUUGGAUUUCCAACUUUUGGGCGUACUUUCACACUCAAGACUUCCAAUGGAAGUGUUGGUGCUGCAGCAACUGGUCCAGGACCCCCUGGCAGCUACACGAGAGAGGCUGGUUUCCUAGCUUAUUAUGAGGUUUGUGACUUUUUGAAAAAUGCCACAUCCAAACUGAUUAAGGACCAGAUGGUUUCAUAUGCGGUUAAGAAAAACAUAUGGCUUGGAUAUGAUAAUCUGGACAGCUUUCAGGCUAAAGCUCAGUGGCUGAAAAGGAAUAAAUAUGGAGGUGCCUUUGUGUGGACAAUAGAUCUCGAUGAUUUCCAUAAUCACUGCCAACAGGGAGUACUUCCUCUAACAACCAAAUUGAACAAAUUACUGAAAAUAAAUCCAGGCUGUAAAAUAGCAAAUUCACCUUUCAUCAAUGAAAGUAUCAAGAAUAAAAAUAAUGACAACACAGAAAUACGCAUUAAUGCGCCAUGGUGCUUCAAUAAAACAACUGGCGUCUACGUUGACCCAAAAGAUUCUACCAGAUUCUACCGCUGUGAUCAACUAACCACCCAUGAGCGCUGUGCUGAUGGAUUGGUCUUUGAUAAAAACUGCUUGUGCUGCAAUUGGCCUGAAAAUUCACCUUUCCACAAGGUGGUUACACCAAAUAAGUAAUGCACAUCACCAUCCCCCAAAGAUAUCAUGUGCCACAUCACCCCUUAAUAUAGCUAGCAAUAGUAAGGUACCAUAAGUCAUGUGCCUCCCAGCUGAAUCACAUUAUUUUGGUUGCAAGUUUGGUGCUAAAUCCUAGUUCAGCAUUUGUAAUAUUUGCUCUUAUCACUAGACUUUUCUUGAACUAUCUUGGUGUUGGAUGCCUUAAAGUUUUUCUGGGAACUUCAAUGGCUCUAUUCCUUCUCCAGCAAUUAUAAAUGGCAUCUCUGAUGACGACUUGUUCAUUGGCAGGAUGAUGCAUCAAGCAGAUAGAACUGUUAGUUCCCUGGCAUAGAUUUGUCAUUAGGUUUCUCCUCCUCCCAGCCUACUGCAUGGCUAUUCUAGUGUCAACCAACAACCAAGCAAAUACUGCAUUCCUGCAUUUUCUCCCAACUUAGAUUCCCAGAAUCUCAACAGUGUGGAAAUAGGCCCCAACAAGUCCACAGCGGCCCUCUGAAGUGCAUCCCAUCCAGACCCAUUCCCCCUUCCCUUACCCUGUAACCCUGCAUUUGCCAUGGCUAAAGCAUCUAAUCUACAGAUCACUGAACAAUACAGGCAAUUUAGCAUGGCCAAUCCACCUAACUUGCACGUCUUUAGACAGUGGGAGGGAACCGGAGCACCUGGAGGAAACCCACAUAGACACUAGGAGAAUGCACAAACCCCACAGACAGUCACCCACGGGGUGGAAUCGAACCUGGGUCCCUGGUGCUAUGAGGCAGCAGUGCUAACCACUGAGCCACAGCCUUCCAGAGAAAUGGUCCCUAAGGGCUAGUGUUUUCUGAUGCAAGCAAACACUGCAGCACAUGCUCAAAAAUCAGAAUGUAAGUAAAAUUCUAAUAUACAGAUCUAAAAAAAAGUGUUCAAUGUUGAACACUAACAUUUUUUUCCAAAUUCUACUUCUACCUCUUGAUACUUUCAGUUUAUUAGUCAUUACAAGUAAAAAUCAAGGGCAUAAAAAUGUAUCCAUUAGUUAUAGCCAUGGCACAAAUCUUAAAACGUGAUCUUUAAGUUGUUCUCCUCCCCAACUCCCUCCAAGAAGCUAGCAUAAUGUUGUCAAUUAUAUUGACUUUGGCAUUUGAAUUCUCAUUUCAGUAAGCAAUUGCUAGGAGCUCUCUGAACUUUUCUUUUAGUUACAAGUCAAAACCUUUGGAUCUGUCCAAUGCUUACUUUUGGACAGCCUAAGGAAUUAGCAGCAUUCACUUUGGAGAAGGCCUAUUCUCAAUUGUUAAAUCUUGAUCAUUAUCAAAAUCAAAUAAAAUCUCU